GUCAAUUUUUUAAUCCACAGACUAGGUUUUUGUAGUUUGUACGAAGUGCGAAAAACAAAGGGAAAUCUUGAUGAAACAAAUUUUAAUGUGUUUUUAUUAGUGAAGUUACUUAACAAAGUUGUUAUUGAUUAAAGUGUCUUAAUCAUAGCAUGCAGAUGAGUCGUAUGGGAUCGCCAUCGGUUGGAAUGGACGAGGACAGCGGCGCAGGUCAUGCUCUGAGUGACUUCUUGCUACAACUUGAAAACUAUAACCCUUCUAUACCAGAUUCUGUAGUUGCUUAUUACCUGAACAUGGCUGGAUUCGAAUCUCAGGAUCCUAGAAUGAUAAGACUUAUAGCGCUCGCCUCCCAGAAGUUUCUCUCCGACAUAGCAAAUGAUGCCCUGCAACACUGCAAGAUGCGGACCUCCAGCCAAAUCAGCCAGACCACCAAGAAUGCCAAGGGACCCAAAGAAAAGAAAUAUGUUAUGACCAUGGAGGACUUAGUGCCAGCGCUACAGGAAUAUGGCAUUUCAGCCAAGAAACCUCAUUAUUACGUUUGAAAUUUAGGAUUACUUUAAUUAAUGAGAGAGUAUAGCUGAUUUAUUUGAAACAAUCUGAACUGAUAGUAACAUGUCCAAUACAGCUCAUAGUUGGCAUCAUGUAACAGGUCUUAUUAUAAUUAAAUUAAUUACAAAAACCAGUCAAGUGUGAGGUAUUCGCAACACAGGUUUCUGUACCAUUGUAAAAGAUAUAACAUUAUGUACUUAUAAAUUUUUAUUGAUGGUCAAAAAAAUGAAGCAAAUUUGAUUUUAACCCCAAUUCAAUUGGCUUUAGACGUAAACCAUUCAAGUGUGGCCACUCAGUUUAACGCGUUGAUUAACGGCGAUAUUUAUGGCGUUGUUGGGCAUUGACGUCAACCUUAACUUGGCCUGAGCAUUAUUAUUUGUAAUAUUAUGUAUGCAAUUAAAUUAUAAAUGUAUAGGAUUUUACAGUAUGUCAUUUAUUUUAAUUCCAUUCUUUAAGUACAUAAUUCAAUUUUAUUCCAAAUCAAGCAUGUAGCCAAUAGAUCACUUUGCAAAUCAUGAAUAAUUCUGAGUUUGGAAGUUAUACUGGGAUGGAUGAAUGUACACACUACAUAGGAGAAAAACUUUCCAAGCCAGCUUCACUGCAAAGUUUGUGUAAUGAUUUUGUUAUGGUUCUGUGAAACCGCAUAUUAAUUGUAACUUAAUGAAAUGAAUAAAUUUUUAUCC